GUAAAACUAUACACUCGCUGAGCCAAGUAAAUGCUUAUAAAUUAAAUCUCUUCCUAAUUUAAGUCAUCCAUGAAAAAAUACCCAUUUAACUAAAUAUGAAGUAAGCAAAACUAAACAAGUAUUUUAUAUCUGAACAAAUGUGAACAAAUCUUAGGACUCCGCUCUCGUGAAGUGAAGCGAAAUAUCUGAGCAACGGUGUUUUCCUGAUGACUCACCUGUGACCUAAUUUACCUGAAAUUCAAGAUGGCGUGUUUACCGCUGGAAAAGUUUUUCUGUUGGAAUUUAAAAACAUCGCAGUUUGCAUCUGCGAUAUACGUUAUUAUCUCCGCAUUCUUUGCGCUCCUCCUUGUCAUUUUAGACAUGGCAGCCUCUGAUAUCAACAAUGGAUUUGAAAUUGAAGGAGGAUUUAGGUCUAUCUGGCGUAGACAUGUGGCAGAAGGCUUUAUGACGUGCAAUGUGGUUAUGCUGUUCGGACAUAUCAUCAUGAUCGUUCUUUCAAUCGUCCUGCUCAUGUCUGUCACCAAGCCCUUUAAACAAUAUCGUAACUACCAGAUUCACACAGGGUGGUUUUGGAUCAUGUGUAUUUAUGUGUUUGCUGAAGCUGUAGUGUCAGCCUACGAGUAUUCUUGGUAUGGGAAGAACACCUUUAGGAGACCUUAUCUGGUGUUCUUGUGGGUUUUCAUGCUGACCAGAUUCAUUCUAAAUAUGUGUACUAUUUGUAUAUCAUACAGUCGACUAAGUGAGAUGGAUGAAGAAAUGAGGUACGGAAUAUCUCGCAAAACUCUUCCCAUGUCCAGAACCAACCUUCUGUCGUCCCAAGCCUCAUUUGCAUAAACUUGACGACAAGAAUAACAAGAACAUUCCUAUUGGAUUAAUGUAUGUCAAUUGCAUGGACUUAAGGAGACUACAUUAACACCUAAGUCAACAUUCCCCAAGAUUUACGUGUUUCACUUGCAUUGAUCCUAACAACUGUGCAGGAGACCAUUCCUAUGUGAUUAAUGUACUGUAUGUCAAUUGCAUAGACUUAAGUAGACUACAUUAACAAUAAGACAUUCAU